AUGUAUUUCUCUAAAGCACUUGUCAUUGCCUUCGCGGCUGCCAUCUCGGCCCACGGUGUUGUCACUGAGGUCAAGGGAGCCAACGGCAUCACCAUGCCCGGCCUGACUAUCCAGGAUGGAACUCCUCGUGACUGCUCUUCCAACGGCUGCGGUUCCCAAGCAGACACUGCGAUCAUUCGGGACCGAGAAAUUGCAAGUGGCAAAGCCGGCCCUCUUGGUCGCACUCAAGGCAACGGCGUAGUCGAUGCAGCAGUCAUGGUCGGCGCCUUCAUGGGAGCCGGUGCCGCACCGCCUGCAAACAAUGGAGCAGCUGCGAGUGUUGGUGUGGAAGACAACAUCCCGCAGGCAAAUCAAAAGCGUCAGUUUCUCAGCAACCUCCUUGGUGGCCUUGGUGGAGGCAAGGCUGGUGGUGCAGGUGGUGCGACUGGUGGCAAAGCUGGCGCCACAGGCAUUGCCGGACUUCUAGGUGGAGGUGGAGAAAAGGUAGAUGGCCCACCAGAGACGCGUGUCGCAGCUGCAGUGGGAGCUGGUGCAACGAGCGGAUUGCCCACAUGUGCUGAUGAUGGCACUGUUACCAUGACUCUUCGCCAGAUCAACCAAGACGGUGCUGGACCUUACACCGCAGAUGUCGAUGGUACCUCUGGUGGUACUGACGAAGCGGCUAUGCAGCCCGCCACCGUUACCAAAGAUGUUCCAGGCCUCGGUGUCCAGGGUAUCUCGCUUGCUACGAACACGGAGUUUGACAUGACGGUUCAAAUGCCAGCUGGAAUGACAUGCUCUGCUACUGUCGCCGGCGUCAAUAACGUAUGCGUUAUGAGGGUUCGCAACGGGGCUGCCGCCGGUCCUUUUGGAGGUUCUGUGGCUUUCACACAGAGCGCUACUGCCAGGAAGCGAGCCAUCGCUUAUAACCUCAAGAAGCGCAUGGAAAUUGGCAACAGGAAGUAA